AUGGACCUUCAAAUGCUAGUUUGUGACGGCAUUGAAGCUACGCGACGAAUCCGGUUACUGGAAAAGCAGAAUCGAUGGAAGGAAUGUGCAAUAUUCAUUGUGACCGGUCGGGAUAGUCCGACAGAUAGGACAAAGGCGAAAGGCGCUGGCGCCGACGAGUACUUUGUGAAGUCUGUUGGCAUCAAGCUCUUGGAUCGUACUGUCUAA